CCCUGACGUCACUGUGACAAACAUCCACUCACAUUUACACAUAACACAUCUGAUCUGAGCUGCCUCCGUCUGACCUUCUACAGAACUAAACACAUGUGGGCGUGUUUCUCUUAAAGCUCCGCCCACUCUCUCUUUAAGCCCCCGCCCACUCUCUGUGAGUCAAAAACCUGAGCGUUGUCAAACUCUUGUGUAAACCCACAUUUUCCUCGACGUGUUUGUGUCUGGAGCUGCUCUUCAGGAGGAUUAUACUUGUUCUACUUGUUCUUUUUGUUCUGGGACACACACACACACACACAGGAUGCUUGUUCUGCCUGUGCUCAUGUGUCUGCUGCUGCUGCGCGUCUCAAACUGCAGCCCGGGACAGGGGUGUAUGCAGUGGGACCUGAGCGGGGAGGACGUCUGCUGCAUCAGCUGUCGACCAGGAAACUAUCUUGUGUCUGAGUGCGGCGAGGACCCCAGCACGCUGUGUGCGCCGUGUAGACCCAACAUGUUCGCCCCGUCCCAGACCGCGGACAAGUGUCAGCACUGCAACCAGUGCAUAGACCCUCAGGUGACGGUGUCGUCCUGCACCAACUCCACAGACACAGUGUGUAGAUGUAAAAAAGGCUUUUUAUGUGGAAACCAGCAGUGCUCCUUCUGUGUGGAAGAGUGCGGCAAAGGACAAGAACCAACCAGCGACCGCUCGUGUCGGCCGUGUCCACCUGGAACCUUCAACGACCGGACUCAUCAGAAGUGCAAAGCCUGGACCAGGUGUCCAAACCAAAUCAUGGAGAAACACGGAGACGCGUUCAGUGACUCCAAGUGUGGGAAUGUUUCCGUUCUCCCAGUGGCUAUUCAAGAGAAAAACGAGCCCCGCCCCGACCAAACCUCAGGAGGUCUGUCCGUCAUUCUGUUCUCCGCCUUUGGAACGGCCGUUUUCGUCCUUCUGAUCGUAGUGAUGUUCAUGACUUUAGCGCAAGCGAAGCAUAAAAAAGCAACGGAGCCACGGACGUCAGAGGAAACGGUCACAAAAAUUCCAAUACCCUACACGCCGACAGACGACCCGGCGACGCUCAGGGCCGUCGAGUGCAGUUUCCACGAGGCCGAGCAGGAACAAGGAAGCAGCUCGGAGUCGCUCCUGCCCUGAUAGAACUGUUUUUAUAAGGAAAAACAAAGCAGCUUCCUCAAAUGAUUAAACUGUGGAUGGUUUAGAGCCCCUCUUUAGCUCCACCCUCUUUAUCCCCACCCUCUUUAUCUCAGCUCCGCCCUCUUUAUUUCUGCAUUAACCCCACCCUCAGGUGGAGCUGGAGUCACUGAUAAGAGGAAACAUCAGAGUCUCAGACCUGGAGACGCCGGAGUUUAGACGAUAAGACGAAGACACAUCAGGCUCAGGGGGAGGACACUACUGUACUGUAGUACUACUGUAUAGUACUGUACUGCAUAGUCCUACUGUAUAGUACUGUACUGCAUAGUACUGUACUGCAUAGUACUGUACUGUAGUACUGUACUGCAUAGUACUACAGUAUAGUACUGUGCUGCACUGUGGGAGUACUGUAGUACAGUACUGUUGUAGUGUGGUACUACAGUACACUAUGGUACAAGUUUCACUUCAGCCCAAACUGAACAAAAUAUUAUUUUCCUGGAGCAUUUUGUAAACGUGUCAAACCCGAGACAUCAGGGACAUGAGGGACAUGAGGGACAUCAGGGGCAUCAGGGGCUUUCCUGUGUGUUAAUGUUGUGUUAAUGUUGUGUUAAUCUUGUGUGUUAAUGUUGUGUUAAUGUUGUGCGUCCGUGUGUUACUUAGAUGUAAAUACAGAUCUAUAUAAAGGUGUGAGGUGGUUGGAUCAGGUCAGGACACGUCCCACAUUCCUCAUGAGUCAGAGGACGAGGACGAGUGUCUCAGUCUGACCUCGUCCUCGUUGGAUCAGGACGAGUUUCACUGGAGCCAAAAACAAAACACUUGAUUAGUUUGAGUGUUUUUGUGUAAAUGGAGCUGAGUUUACCACAGUGAGUCAGACUGACGUGUUUCACCUUUAACAUUUUGCUGUGAACAAAAGCACAGGGUUUAGUUUCACCAAAUGUUCCAUACUGCAGC